AGGGCUUGAAGAAUUACCACGACCAUCGGUCCCCGGUCACCGGUAACCAACACAUGACAACCCCAGUAACGGGCAGAGGGGGUGUGUCCAAGAGUUCCUCGGGGAACACGUGGUGCGUGGCGAACGGCGAUAUGGGAAAGGAAAAGCUGCAGGCGGCUCUAGACUUCGCGUGCGGGGAGGGAGGGGCCGACUGCCGUUCGAUCCAGCCUGGUGCCUCGUGUUACGAUCCCAACACGCUUAGCGCUCACGCCUCCUUCGCCUUCAACAGUUACUACCAGAAGAACGCCCGUGCGGGUGGCUCUUGUUACUUCGGUGGCGCCGCGUACGUUGUCACGCAACCCCCAAGGUUUGGGAAGUGCGAGUUGCCCACUGGCUCUGGAUUCUAAAGAGAAAGAAGGGAUGAUUCAUGGGUUGAUUAAGAUGAGAGAGAGAGAGAGAGAGAGAGAGACAGAGACAAUAGUAGUUGAUGGGAAUUAUAGCUUAUUUAUUAUUGUAGUUGUUUUAUUCAGGGUUUUAAAUUUUUUGGGGAGGUAUCUUUGUGUGUAUUUAUUAUUGUAGUAGUUGGUGUCAUUAAGACGAUUAACUUGACUUGUUCAUCUGUAAUUAAAUGGUCUACUUUCCCCAUAUUCAUUACUCUCAUUUUCACGUGCAUUCUCUCUU